AUGUCGCUUCUCCAUCGUCAAUUGGUUGAGCUGUGCCCCGUGAAUGUGCUACGACCAUCGAUUCCAUGCGCUGUCGAUGCUCUGUCUCGUGUUGCAUUGAUUGAUGUGUAUAACGACGCGUUAUCUCUAGACCCUGUUGGAUACCGUAACGCAUUCCGUGCCAUAUAUUCCCUUGAUUCAGCCGAUUUACCAUCAACCUUGGACUUCGAUAGUGCGUCAGACCUGGAUACCGCCAAACUGUCAACUGGAGAGUUGUCUCUUGGGUCGCUGUUGGCGUUCAAUGCUACGGGCUGCGUGUGUCGUACCAGUAGCAUUUUGUACCGAGCUUUGCAGGAUUCUUUGCACGGCGUAGAUGGUGACUGGCAGUCUACAUGUACGGGACUUUUGUUUUAUGUUCUUUUGAGUGUGGGUGUGAUAUUGAUCGUUGUAAUAUUUCUUAGUUAUCUGCUAUAA